AUGUCCCCCAUAUCCACAUCACGGAAUUACUCCAUCGCCACCAUUCCCGCGGACGGCAUUGGCCCUGAAGUAAUCUCCGCUGGUGUCUGCGUCCUAGAAAAGCUCUCCUCCCUCUCUGGCACUUUCUCCCUCUCCUUCCACUCAUACGACUGGAGUUCCGAGACCUACAAAAAGACAGGCGCCUAUAUUCCUCACGACGGGCUAGAUAAACUCAAGCAGCACGAUGCCAUUUUAUUUGGCGCUGUCGGCGCACCGGAUGUGCCAGAUCAUAUAUCGCUGUGGGGUUUACGGUUGUCGAUUUGCCAGCCUCUGCAACAAUACGCUAAUGUAAGGCCUACGAAGAUCUUCCGCGGUACUAGCUCACCGCUUCGUAAUGUUUCACCCGGAGACCUAGAUUGGGUCAUCAUCCGCGAGAACUCUGAAGGAGAGUAUGCCGGACAAGGCGGACGGUCACAUCGGGGGCAGCUGUGGGAAACGGCCACAGAAGUCGCGGUAUUCACGCGGCAUGCAAUAGAAAGGAUUAUGAGGUUUGCGUUUGAAACAGCGAAGAAGAGAGGGAGAGGGAAAGGUGGGAAGGGGAAAUUAACGGUUGUGACUAAGAGCAAUGCGCAGAGGAACGGAAUGGUACUUUGGGAUGAAGUCGCCGUGGAAGUGGGGAAAGAGUUCCCUGGGGUGGAGGUUGAUAAGAUGCUUGUUGAUGCGAUGACUUGUCGAAUGGUAUUGGAUCCGAAGUCGAUUGAUACUAUUGUUGCUACGAAUUUGCAUGCAGACAUCCUUUCCGACCUCGCCGCUUCCCUCGCAGGCUCCAUUGGUAUAGCACCAACAUCCAACCUCGAUCCUACUCGAGCAAAUCCCUCUAUGUUUGAACCUAUCCACGGCUCUGCUUUCGAUAUUACAGGAAAAGGUGUAGCUAACCCCGUUGCCACGUUCUGGACUGCUGCCGAAAUGUUAACGUGGCUGGGCGAGGAAGAAGGCGCAGCACGGUUGAUGGAAGCCGUCGAGAACGUUACGGAGAGCGGUGUGUGUACUCGUGAUUUGGGGGGGAAAGCAGGGACGAAGGAGGUUACAGAGGCUGUUUGUUCGGAACUGGAGAAGCUUUUUGCAGAUAAGGAGCAGGCUUGGCUCGCGUAG